AUGGCUUGGGAUGGCCAGAGCCUGGCGACCCGCAAGGGCCACCGGCUCUCCUCGGCUCAUCGACGCAAACGUCGAAGCAAAAAUCGAGGCGGUCGACUGAUGGGCGACUCCGUUUUCAAGAAAGCCGAGGCCGAGCUGAUUUUGCCGGCAGAACGCCAUAGGCAGAUCUGCCAGUGUGCGGACGGUGAGCUAACAGGUCGACGAGCAGCAACACAUUUUCUGGCGGCAGGGCAAGUGGGCAAGUCCAGCACACUUCAAGAGCUCGUGAACCUCAGGCCCGACGUCCAGGUUUUGCUUCAGGCGGGUCCGGCGAGGUGCCCAUACAGUGUGAACUCGGCACGCCGCGACUUUCACCGGACGCGAUGGGAUGCGGAUGCUUUGCCGAUUGCAUAUGACAUGAGCUUUACUAAUUUUACUUUGCUUUCGCAGGGAGGCUUUGAAUGA